UGUGGGCGGCUGAGGGGACGCCGCGGGCUCCGGCCGGCGCGGGGCUCCUAUUCGCUAUUUAUUUCAUUCAUUAGCAUUCAUUAUUCAUUUCAUUCAUUUCAUUCGGAGCACUGUGAUCACACUCGUGCUGUGAAGCGCCACGAACAGCGGGAAGGAAGGAAUGCUGCGGGGAAUUUCGUUUUACUUUGAAUUCAGGCUUCCCCCACCCCAACUGCACUUCGCUGUUGCGUGAGGAGCAACAAUGAAAGCGGGAGGAUGUCAUGCUGUUGUGCAACCCCACAUUGUGCAGCUGCACUUUCGCCCUCGAGGUCAGCAUUAAACACCAAAAACCCAUCGUGCCUUCAACAGAGAUAGCUUGUGAGCCUGAUGGUGUUUGAAUUACAAAUCCGUGACUUGACAGAAAGUGGAUUAGGACCGUUUAAACAUAAUCUUAUUUUUGGCCCCAAAGUCUAAUGUGGUCAAUGAGUAAUUUGUGUACAUCAGUAGUAGGUCUUCCUGGAUGUUUUGGACUGGUACAUGAAAAGCUGCAUAAUCAAGAGAAGGCAGAUAAUAUUUCUUUAUACAUUUGCAUGCAGAAACCACAGGCUUAAGCAGAGGAUGUCAGUCCACCCAACUGAACUGGGGACUACUGGAACCUGUGGCCACAUCUUGCUCAAUCGUAUCAAAUGUAAAAAAAGGCGAUAUUUUGUUUUUGCAUAAACCAAAUCAAUUAAUUACGGAAUGCUGGUUAUUCAGUGGAUCAGGCUAUGGCAUGCACAGCACCAGGGUCUACACACAUUUUCCUACAUUUCAUACGUCCAUCUCACACUGAUUUUGUUUCAUCUCACAAAGUUUUUGUGGAUGCUGUCACAUGAUAAGAUUUUACUGCAAACAGCAGGCAAGUGAGACAUUUUGUUGAAAUAAUGUGCAUAGGAAAAUGUUUCUAGAGUAUAGAACCAGCAACAUUAAGGGGAAAACUGAAGUAAUUGUAUGCCACCAAUUGCUCCUGAAAUGAUAAGACAGAGAGCUGCUAGAAACACUGGGAUGACUGGAAUUUAAGAUACUUGGUUCCUGCUCUUACCCUGAGGAAAUAAGUGCGAGAAAUUUCUCCAGCUCAGGCAGUUAAAGGACCUUUCAUACUGAACACUGCUCUGAGAAAAGGGGAAGCCUCUCCUGUGUGGGAUUGAAAUAGAUACUUGGCAGUUGCCUAGAAUAAACUAAGGCAAAAAUGUCUAUCAUAGAUCCUUAUCAACACAUUGUGGUGGAGCACCAGUACUCACACAUAUUCACUGUGACAGUAAGGAAAGCCACAAAUGUCACCAAAGGAGCCAUUGGUGACAUGCUUGACACUCCAGAUCCCUACGUGGAGCUGUUCAUCCCCACUGCCCCUGACUGCAGGAAGAGAACCAAGCAUUUCAACAAUGACAUCAACCCUGUGUGGAACGAGACCUUCGAGUUCAUUCUAGACCCCAAUCUGGAGAAUGUUCUGGAGGUUACUCUCAUGGAUGCCAACUAUGUUAUGGAUGAGACUCUUGGCACAUCCACGUUUCCCAUCUCUUCUCUGAAACUGGGAGAGAAGAAGGAAGUCCAGUUAACUUUCAAUGAUGUCACAGAAAUGACUUUGGAAUUGUCUCUGGAAGUAUGCUCCUCCACGGACCUGCGGUUCAGCAUGGCGCUGUGCGACGAGGAGAAGAGGUUCCGGCAGCAGCGCAGGGACAACAUCAUGCACAGCAUCAAGGCAUUUCUAGGGGAGAACAGCCAGAGCCCGACCACUUCCCGGGAUGUGCCGGUGAUCGCCGUGCUGGGCUCGGGAGGGGGGUUCCGGGCCAUGGUGGGCUUUGCUGGAGUCAUGAAAGCACUUUAUGAGUCAGGAGUCCUGGACUGUGCCACAUACAUUGCUGGGCUCUCUGGAUCCACCUGGUACAUGUCAACUCUGUAUUCCCACCCGGAUUUUCCAACCAAGGGCCCCAAGGAGAUCAAUGAGGAGCUAAUGCACUCUGUGAGCCACAACCCCCUGCUGCUGCUUACCCCUCAGAAGGUCAAGCGCUACAUCGAGGCUCUGUGGAACAAGAAGAGUUCAGGGCAGCCUGUCACCUUCACAGACAUCUUUGGGAUGCUCAUAGGGGAAACACUGAUCCAUGAUAGGAUGGACACCACUCUGAGCAAUAUGAAAGAGAAAGUCAGCAAUGCCCAGUGUGCUCUGCCACUCUUCACCUGUCUGCACGUCAAACCAGAUGUCUCAGAGCUGAUGUUUGCAGACUGGGUGGAAUUCAGUCCAUAUGAAAUUGGAAUGGCCAAGUAUGGCACUUUCAUGUCUCCUGAUUUGUUUGGAAGCAAGUUUUUUAUGGGGACAGUGGUGAAGAAAUACGCUGAAAAUCCCUUGCAUUUUCUGAUGGGUGUCUGGGGCAGUGCAUUUUCAAUAUUAUUUAACAGAGUCCUUGGUGUCUCCAAUUCUCAGAAUACAGGGCCCACCAUGGAAGAAGAAUUAGAAAAUAUUAGGCUAAAGCACCUUGUAAGCAACGACAGCUCAGAUAGUGAAGAUGAAUCACAGCAUCCAAAAGGCACUGAGGCAAAGCAGGAGAGGCUGCAGGAGAGCAGCCAGGAGAGCUGGGUGCAGCGCAUGCUGAUGGCACUGGUGGGGGACAGCGCCCUGUUCAACACGCGCGAGGGCCGCGCUGGCAAGGUGCACAACUUCAUGCUGGGGCUGAACCUCAACAGCUGCUACCCCCUGUCCCCUCUGGCAGAGCUGCUCACCCAGGAGUCCCUGGAAGAGGAGGAGCAGGCAGCAGUUGCAGAUCCUGACGAGUUUGAGAGGAUCUAUGAGCCCCUGGAUGUGAAGAGCAAGAAGAUCCACAUCGUAGACAGUGGGCUGACCUUUAACCUGCCCUACCCGCUCAUCCUAAGGCCCCAGAGAGGAGUGGAUCUCAUCAUCUCCUUUGAUUUCUCAGCCAGGCCAAGUGAUUCCAGCCCUCCUUUCAAAGAAAUCCUGCUGGCUGAAAAAUGGGCCAAAAUGAACAAGCUUCCUUUCCCCAAGAUAGACCCCAAUGUGUUUGACCGGGAAGGCAUGAAGGAAUGCUAUGUUUUCAAACCAAAGGACACCUCCUCAGAGAAGGACUGCCCAACCAUCAUCCACUUUGUGCUGGCCAACAUCGACUUCAGGAAGUACAAAGCUCCAGGUGUUCCCAGAGAAACACAAGAAGAGAAGGAUUUUGCAGACUUUGAUAUUUUUGAUGAUCCAGAUACACCUUUCUCUACCUUCAACUUCCAGUAUCCCAAUGAGGCUUUCAAGAGGCUCCAUGACCUCAUGGAGUUCAACACCCUCAAUAACAUGGAUGUGAUCAAGGAGGCCAUGAGGGAGAGCAUCGAGUACAGGAAGCAGAACCCCUCGCGCUGCUCCGUGUCCCUCAGCAGUGUGGAGGCCAGGAGGUUCUUCAACAAGAGCAGCCUCAACAACAACCACACGUAGAGGCUGUGCCUGGCCCUGCCCUGCCCACUGACUGCUCCUGCCCUGGGAACUGGAGUCAGCAGGACUUGAGUGGAGCAUCCCUGCUCCUCACAACACUCUCCUUGUGAAUGCUCACGUCCCAAUAGCAUUUUGUACUUCUUAAAGAACUGAAACAUUUCACUAGGCUGAGAUCCUCAUGUUUAAAACCGUGGAAUUAGUUGCAGAUCAUUGGGUUCAGUGUCUUUUUGUUUUCUUAUAAAAUUGUAAACACUGGUGUAUUUUGGGGGGGGUAAUUGAUUUUUAAUUGUUGUAAACUGGGCAUAGCUUGAAGGGUAAGAUGGAAUUAGAAUAAAAAAAUUGAAAUCCACUUUGCUGCAAUAUUCAAUGUCUGUACCACUCAGCCAAAAACUUUUAUUUUUCUCAUUAAUCCUCAAAAUUACAUUGCUUAAACUCUUGAGCUGCUGGAAACCAUGUGUUAAAUUAUUGUCAGUUUGUGUAUUUCCAACCUGAAUGUUUCUUCAUAAAUUGACAUUGAUUUUGAAUUUGAGCAUGAUUAAAACAACACAUUUCUGCAAAGGGACAGUGGCAAUGUUUACUGGGAAUUGGUAACACGUGCCCAGGUAAGAAUGUGAAGCUUUAAGGGCUAUUUUAAAAAUAUAUUUUAACACUUUGAAUGAUGAAAGACUGCAAAGAAAGUGAUUAUUUUCAUACCAUCUCAAUCAGUAUUGCUGUAACUCUGCAAUAGAAAAUUGCAGAAAAUGCAGCUGCACCUCUGAUUUGAUUAGUAAAAUCAGUAAAUCCCUGGGAAGGGAAGUAAUUACAAUGCAUUUCUUUUAACAGCCGCUGCCCCAAAAUAAUCAUGGAGUGGUUGGGGGUGGAAGGGACCUUAAAGUUGAUCUCAUGCCACCCCCUGCCAUGGGCAGGGACACCUCCCCCUAGCCUAGGUUGGUCCAGAUCUACAUGCAAAGUUCUCUGGUUAAAUAACAUUUCCUGUAUUGAUCAACAGGUUUUAUUUCUCUUUGAGUUAGUGCAUGUUUAAAAUCAAGAGAGAAAAUAAAAGUAACUUAUCUUAGUGCUGCAUAAUUUAAACAUUUUCCAUAAAUUCUGGAAUACAGAAAGGAACUGGUACCAAUAUAUUAUUGUAAUACUUUCUUUUAAAUGUUGUUUUUCCUUUUGGUAAUGUAAUAUUUGUAUUUUUUAUUUUAUUAUAUGUACCUACUCUGUUUCAUGGAAGAGUUUUAUCAUGCUUUAUACAGUUUAUAUUACCACAGUGUUAUCAGAUGAUAAAAAAUAAAACUAUAUUUGUCA